AUGUCAAAGUUCUCGUUAGCUCCAGCUCCUGUCAUUAUUUUAACGGGGGCAAACGGAGGUGUUGGAUAUGGCAUAUGUCAACGAUUGUUGUUCCAGCUUUGUCAAUUGAAUGCACCGGAUUCACUUCCACAGCAUUUUGCAUCCAAUGUGAAAUCGCAGGAGAAGGCUCCGGUGGGAUACAGGGGUGUGACGCUAAUCAUGGCCUGUCGAAACAAGCAGAGAGCUUCGGCUGCUCGUACGAAGCUCCUAAAUUGGCUCGAAAACCAGCGGAGUACGUUGAGAGGAUUACCCAACUAUGACGAGGAUUAUACAUCGACAUUCAUCGCGAACUGCAAUGUUCACAUUCACGAGUUAGACCUUGCUUCGGUGAGCAGUGUUCUCCGUUUCAGCGCUGAAAUCCGCAAAACAUACCCCUACGUGUCACAUUUAUUGCUCAAUGCUGGCGUUGCGAGUUUCGUGGGUAUCGACUGGAUACAAUGUUUCAAGCAACUUGCUUCGGGACCCAUCCAUGCCAUCACUGUGCCUGCAUUCUAUACCCAGCACAUUGGAGAAAUUAGUGGCGAUAAUCUGGGAUGGGUCUGGCAAUCAAACGUGUUUGGCCACUUUGUUCUGUUCCGAGAGCUUGAGGAAACUCUGAAGAAGUCGCCAUUCGAAAGUACAAGAGUUAUUUGGUGUUCGUCAUUGGAAGCAUCCUCGCACUUCUAUGACUCUGCAGACUGGCAAUUGAUCAAGACAGACCACAGCUAUGAGGCCGCAAAAUAUCAAAUUGAUUUAAUCGCGAACUGUUUGGAUCUGAUCGCCCUGCAAAACUCGGAAACAACCAAGGUGACCCGGCAUUUUGUUGGAGAACCAGGAGUUUGUUCAACUUCAAUCAGCAAAGCGCUGGUCAGUGGGCUUCUGGAUGAAGUCAAAGUGAUCGCGUUUUACAUCGCCCGGCUAUUUGGCUCCCCUCACCACACCAUUCUCCCGUGGUGUGCUGCUGUUACUUUCGUGCAUCUCGUUUUGGCUCCUCUGUGCUAUCUGCCCAUCUUCCUGAAUAACGAUCCAAGUAAACCCGUACGAUUUAGCGCUCAGACCGGACGGUGGGGCGAUGAAUAUGUUGGUUUAACGGAGGUUAAGGAAUGGGAGAAACACAAAGAGGAGGGCUAUGCACUGAUUAAAAAAUGUGACAAACUGUACGAAUCGUUUAAGCAGGCAGAAGCUGUUACUCAGGAUAUUUAA